CACUGGACUCGGUGACGUCCCAAGUAGAGCUGGUGGGCAAUUUUCUUUGUCUAAAGGCAUUUCAGCAUUUCCCUGCCCAGGUGGCCCUUCAACUGAUGCGAGGAGUGCCACAGGUGAGCUGCGCCCAAUGCGAGGUCACCUUCAACGCGGCGAUGAGUGCCUGUGAAAAGAUGUGUGCCUGGCGUGGAGGCCUCCAGCUCUUCUCCGAGCUACUUUGCAACAACCUUCAAGUCGACACCAUCGGCUUCAGCGUGACCAUCAGCUCCUUGCAGCGACUGGGGCGCUGGCAGCCAGCUAGCAAGCUUCUUCGUGAUAUGCCAGUUUGGAGAAUUCACAGAAAUACGGUGGGUGCCAAUGCUGCCAUCGCCGCAUGCAGAGGGCCUGAUUGGCCCUUCACGCUAGAUUUGCUGAGUUGGAUGCCAGAAGCUGGUAUGCAGCCUGAUCGAAUUACAAUGAAUUCCCAGAUUUCAUGCAGUGCACGCGGGAUCCAAUGGAUCAGCGCGCUGCACCUUUUUGCUCACCUUGGAGAGCUGGGCAUGCGCUUCAACGAGGUGACAUUGGGGGCUGCCGCAGCCGCCCUCGAGGACCCUGGGCUUUGGCGGAUGGGCGCGCAGCUGCUGACGGCCUUGACGGAAGGCUUUCGUGUGGAAGCCACGACCUGCUUCGAUGCUUCCCUGCGCAGCUGCUGGAAAGGAGGUCGGCCAGACCUGGUUCUGAUGCUAUUCGACGCCAUGCCGCGGCUCAGGCUUCCGCGGGAUGAGGUCGGCUUCAGAACAGCCGUGGAGGCGAGCAAGGAGGUGGCUUCCUGGCGUCGGAGUAUGGGUCAUCUUCGGCUGGGCGCAGGGUGGCUCCAACCCUUGCAGCUCUUGGCCCAGAUGGAAAACGAAGAGCUAUGCAAGGAUGCGCAGUACUUAGAAGCCAUCGCCGUGGUGCUAAUAGAGCAUACAGAGCCUGUGCCUCAGAUCCAGACUUUUCCAGCCAAGCUGAAGCGGGCGGUACACCCUGUCCGCCUCUUCAACGCCGCUCCGUCAUCAGUUGGGAGCCCAGCCAAAGUGAUGCUCAUGAACAGGUACGGCCGCCUCAGCAUGCAGUGGCUGGGCGUUGACGCAAUCGCCUGGGUCCCUGACAUGUGCCCUGGUCAUGCGAGCACAGCCGAGUUUGGCGCUGGCGGCGCGUCCAGCGCCCGCGUGACCGGAGCCGGAGCCGAAGCCGGCGUCAUUGGAGCAGCCGAUGCUACCCCAGUCGGAGGCCACUCGCAAGAGCACAUGCUGAACGCAGUCCUCAGCCUUCUCUCCCGCGACAUCACCCCCGAGGACUACGAAUUGCUGUUGAGGCUGGACGAGGCCAUCCCAAAGAAGCCCGCAACAGCUGAGGAGACACAUGAGGCAUUGUUUGCUCAGACGCCAGAAGACUUGGCCCGGAUGGCGAUGGCCAGCCCCAUGAGCUACGGCAUGGCAACUUUUCAAGGUGCUCAUGGACCCGCAGGUCAACUUGAUGGUGUUUGGCUAAAUGCAGACUGCCCGUGGGAGGAGUACACGGUGAGCGGCCAGAGAGUGUGCAGGACAAACUCCCUUGGCACGCGCGAGUUCAGUAUCCAGUGGGAUCCAGCCAGACUUGCCUGGCAAUGGGGAAGGUACGGCCGCCUCAGCAUGCAGUGGCUGGGCGUUGACUCCAUCGCCUGGGUCCCUACCAUGCAGUGCAAGCUGGGAGCGCAGCUUCCCGCCUCUGGGCCUGUUCCCGUUCGGUGCACAUGGUUUUGCACAUCGGCAAGAAGACAAGGAGGUUGGGUGUGCUUUUGUUCUUCGUUUCGGUUUCCGCUGAGCUUUGCGACUAGGCCAGCGGUCUUUGUCUUCUUCAACCUGAGGAGUGAGUUGGCCAUUUCGAUCUUUGAUCAACGCAUUCGCGAACCGCUUGAAUGUUCAGAUCUGCUGUAUAUGAUGAGCACCUUUGCUUUCAUCGAGUUGUUAUUCGAUAUAGAAUUCCUGUUUUGUGCUCAGUUGUUUGUGCAUGAGCACUGAUUUGUUUGGAGCAUGAUCCAAGGGGGAGCUGUGGAUGUUUGAUUGUUUGCUCACUAGCCGCCUUUGUACUGCCUCCCCUACGCCUUCCACAGCACUCGUAACCAGAUCUGGUGAUCCGCUGCCGCUGAUCUUAUGCGUUGCCAUGCGCCCAACUGGGGCAAGCGCCGUCCUGGCAGGGCAAAAGUAGCCGGCUAUGUGGUUGGCGGACGCGCGCCUUGCUCCACUCAAUCGAGUUCGUCCUGAACUGACCAGCAAAGCACCAAGUCCUUCCCAGAAUCCCAGGUUUUGGACAGUAGGCCCUUUGCGAGCUUGGGAUAUAUGCCAUGGUUACGGUUAGCUCCCUGAUGGAGGGCCUCUGCAUUGGUCUAGACGGAUCCCAGGCAGGAGCAAGGGUUGAGUGAGUCAAGAGAGUCCGCGCACGGCCUCGGGUUCUGUUUGAUCCUUGUCAGGCAGAUGAUCCGAUGGACCCUGCGCGUGUUGGUGAGGAUGUCCCUGGUGUGGAGGAUCUCCCUCAAGUUUCGCCUGGAGGGCUGGAUAUCACCGGGAUGGCCUAGGCCGACAUUUCUGAAGCGUGUGUCCAGUUUUCCUUGAAAAGGGCAGCCCUUGAUUCAAAGGCCCACGGCCUCACCUUUGGUUGUUCCUUUUCCCAACUGUAAGAGGUAAUCGGGCAAGACGAGGUCAUCACAGGAAACCCUUUUUUCUGCCCAAGUUAUCCAUUGCAAAACUCUCCAUGCCACUUCAGGAACGCCAGCCUGGAUGAGGAUCUUGAUAUAUUCAAGGCCAUGCUCCUUUACCUGAAUUGGUUUGGGCCACUUGUGCACCGGCUCAUGGCCCUGGAGGAACUAUCAAGGCCCAUUUGCUCGGUUUCCAUGGAGAUGUUUGCGAUUUUUCCACCUCCCAAAUGAUUCCCUUGCCCAAAUCACACAGUCGCACUCGCCCGGCCCAAGGUCUCCCGGGGUCCGACUCGACUCGCUGAACCAGAGAUCUUGGUUCUUUCGCUCGCUUCAGGUGCCCCGGAUCCGAUCCGGAUAGGGAUCCGGGAUUCCCUGCCAGGAACCGCCGGACGACGUGCACAUUCUCGUCUCUUCGCACCGUUAAGGUAGGCCUUCGUCAAGAAGCGCCGGGAACACCCGAAGCAAAUCCCUGCAAACGGCCUCGCAAGAUGACCGGGACCAAUGCCUGAGCAACACCAGCUUGCACAGUACAUGCCUUCGGCUCCGCUCUAUUGUUUGGGUGAGAGCAGAAGGAUAGAGAGGCAGACACACACACACACACAGAGCUGCAGCACUGUGUUGCAUUAAGCAGUGAAUCCUCAACUGUAUGGAUGUUCAGGAUUCCAUAUUACAAACACUACCAUGAACAACUCUGCAAUGGAUUGAGAACAAACCGCCCUCGAAAACCAUCAGUGCCAGACAAACAGGCAAGCACUGAGCAACUGCCCGCUGCUUGUCUUUCCAUUUUCCGCGCCCAAGGUCCUGCGAACAAGGCCGAGUUUGGCGCUGGCGGCGUGUGCAGCGCCCGCGCGAGCGGAGCCGGAGCAGGAGCCGGCGUCAUUGGAGCAGCCGAUGCUACCCCAGUCGGAGGAGCUUCAAUCCGACAUUGCCCUGCGGCUUGACCCACCGGGAGGUCCUUAGUCUUCUCUCCCGCGACAUCACCCCCGAGGACUACGAACUGCUGUUGAGGUUGGACGAGGCCAUCCCAAAGAAGCCCGCAACAGCUGAGGAGACACAUGAGGCCCUUGAGGGCGUGCCCCUUGCAGAAUUCAUGGGCAGAGAGUGCACAAUUUGCCUGGCACGCUUUGCCGAAGUUGACACAGUUGCCGCGCUGCCAUGCAAGCACAAGUUUCAUGAAGAAUGCAUUCGCACGUGGCUCUCCAACUAUCGGAGAACCUGUCCACUUUGUUGCACUGAACUUGAGAGUACUGCAUGAUAGUGAAGAGAUUUUCCGUCAAUUCACUCGGGUCAAUCUGGCGGCGGUAUUUUUGGUGAUUUUGCAAAUGCUUACAAGCUUUGCUGAAAUCACACCCUGCAUGCUUCACUGAUCGCUCACGGCCACACAACGGGAGCAUUGACAAGAUCUGCGGCACUUGUUGCUUUCGGACUGCCGCGGCCGUUGGUGGCCUCACUUGUAGGCAGCUGUUCCAUUGCAAGCAACAAAUGUACAUAGCUUUGCAGGAUCCCAGCUGAUCUCCGGAUGCUGGCACUAGGCAUCCAGUUGCUUUCAACCCGGCCCAUGCGCAUGAGGUGCUAAGUACCUCCGUGCUUGGUCAAACUGUUUGCGUAGCGGGCCUGCGCUCGGGAACGCUGCUCGUUGGUGAGCACUAGAAGCACUGCAGGCAGAGGGGCCUGAUUUCAACACGACUUUGCACCACACUCCGGCCGGACAGAGA